AUGUUGUACACAUUGAUUGCGCGCGGCGCCUCACUCGAGACGACACGAAACGAUAGUCUUACCCCAUUACAGGUGGCCAUAUUGUAUAGGAGAUAUGAUGCGGCAGGGAUUUUAAUCAACGGCGGAUCAAGACUGAACGGUACAAUCGAAGGAGGUGAAUUUCGGGGGCGUGCGGCAUUUCAUUUAGCUGCAACUUCGCUGGACGUCGAUUUGAUCGAUCUCUGUUUGAAGUAUGGAGCCGACGUGAAAGUGUGUGACAGCUACGGGAUAGACCCUCCGGCCAGUGUUUUGACGGCCGCGAUAUACGAAUUUGAAGAAAAAGGAGUGGGCAAUUCCGAAGUCGUGGUGGAAAUUUUAAAAAUGUUCACGAGGUGCAACUAUCCAGUCGAUGUCAUACAGGAAUUUUGGGAGCAUGUUAAAAUAUCUACAUUAAAAAAAAAAUCUACAGUUGUCUUUAAAAUGUUGGAUUCUGUACUAAAGACGCAAAAUGACUUUUUAAUGAAAUUGAUGCACCUGGAUGUAAGGGGUAUUGAGAAGAUCGUCGCGGCGGGUGCCGAAGUAAGGUGUUGCAGCCAAGGAACCCCGUUCCCUCUCCAUUAUAUCGCCUCGAAAGGGGACGCGAGGAUAAUGAGAAUACUUCUGAGCGGAGGCGUACAGACAAACCGCUUGGAUAAAAGCGGAGAGACCGCCCUGCACAAAGCGGCGAGUAUGGGUCACGUCGACUGCUGCCGUCUGUUGCUGGAGUAUGGGGCGGUAUACAACUACAAAAGUCGUCACACGUGUCGUAGGACGCCCGCACAGUUGGCGAGGUCCGUUGGGCACACGGGAGUGACAUCGUUGUUGUCCACCAUCGACGGAUAUUUCAAGCGACUGCGGAUUGGUAAAUUCAAACAGCCAAACCCCGACGACGAACUGUUUACUGCCGUUAUGAACUGUCGUUCCAGUGGAGGGACCACCCUGCUGGGAAGCGCCGUCCACCUCGCGUUGAAAAGAGAAGCCGAAAUCUUGAUGGGUCUAAGGUUAAGAAUGAGUGAUGGUGUUUCAUAA